AUCUCGACACAUUAAAACGAGAAUAAAAACUUAGUUCUGUACGCUUUUCGGAAGAGGCGGGGAAUUUGUGGACGGUCCCUGCACUCUCUUUUUUUUUUUUUUUUUUUAAGAAGAGUAACAGUGCGGAAAUUAGAAAAGAAACACGGGGCUUAUUAUUUUCAAAAAAGCAAAAGCGAAACUGUUAAAUGCAUCCCGGAGGAAGAAAUCAGUGAGUCACGGCACACCUCGCUCUCUCUCUGCACAACCAGGCGUGUUGUUAAAAUUAAAACUGCGUUCUGUUUUUUGUUAAAACCGAGUUUAAUUUGACCUAACUUUUUUUUUUGUUUUCUUCAAAACUACGAUUUUAAAAGCAAUAAUAAUAAUACUAGUAAUAAUAAUGUCUAAGAGCGCAGUGCUUAAAGUGGGAAAGGAGAAUCGGCAGAAGGUAGAGGCGUUUCGUCUGUCCCUGUUCACAGAGGCUGACGAUCUCUUCUCAUAUUUCAUACCUAAAAAGAUCUUGCAGCUGGAUUUGUUCCUUAAGGAGGAUGUUGUGAACGUUUCGGACCUCAGUCUGAUUCACGCCCCCCUCGAAAUCCCCAUCCCGGACCCCCCAAAGCAGGACGAUGAGAUGGAAACUGACAAGGAGGAUGAGAAAAAGAAAGAAGCUCCUAAAUGUGGCUUCAUCAAAGGCAAUGAGAAGAUGCUAGCGCUGCUGGAUCGUGUGAAGCCGGAGAUCAGGACCCUGAAAGAGACCUGCAUUCUGGUUGCAACUUGGAUUCAGCACAUGAUUCCCAAGAUUGAAGAUGGGAACGAUUUCGGAGUUGCGAUUCAGGAGAAGAUUUUGGAGCGUAUCGCUGCAGUGAAAACCAAAGUGGAAGGAUUUCAAACCUAUAUCUCAAAAUAUUAUUCCGAAAGAGGAGACGCUGUUGCCAAGGCUUCAAAGGAUACUCAUGUGAUGGAUUACCGCUCCCUGGUUCAUGAGAAGGAUGAGGCAGUGUAUUCUGAGAUCAGAGUCAUUCUUAUGGAUAUCCGAGGAUUCUACGCGGAGCUUUAUGACAUCGUCAGCAAGAACGAAGACAAAGUGACCAAUCCCAAGGGAGAAGAGAAGCCUUCAAUGUACUGAGAGAGAGAGACAGACAGAGAGAGAGAGAGGGAUGGGCAAUGUUUUAGUUUGGGUUUUUUUUUUUUUUUUUUUUUUUUUGCUUUCCUACAGACUUCACAAGUUUUAAUAGAAAACAGAUGGUCUUCAUAACUCAUCCCACAAUGACGACGCACACUUGCCUUGCAUUUCUACCAGUUGUUUAGAGUUGAGUGUCUUUCAGGUGUGUGGAGGACUGCAGUCUGCUGUCGUUUGAGGUGUCCUGUUUAAAAAAAAAAAAUAAAUAGAAAAUAUCAAAA